AUGUUAUUAAGUAGAUUGAUAUUUGAUAAUGUUCAUAUUCUACAAAGUCAAAUCGGAAGAAGACAAACCUAUAGAUGGUAUCAGAUGAUCGAUUCACCACAUCUAUUGGCAGGAAAUGGAUAUCUAAAUCAAUUGAUACAGUUUGAAGAUCUAUAUAAAGCUUGUUGUUUAGUGCCUGACUUUUAUCCUGCCAUUAGUAAUGCAAUCACCGUAGAUAGAUUGGAUAUUGUAGAGUACCUAUGGCAAAUAAUGACAUCAAUGCAACACCAACAACAGCUCAAUAGUAAUAAUGUUAAUAAUAAUAAUUAUUAUUAUAAUAGUUAUAACUAUCAUAAAUUUGAAAUAGAUGUUUUAUUUUUUAGAGCAUCAAGACUUGGAAGAUUCGAUAUAAUCAAAUACUUUUGUUCUUUGGCUGAUGAGAAAUGGUCGUUCUACACUGCGAUGGUAGAAUCUAUUUUCUCAGAGAAUUUAGAACUACUAAAGUAUUUGGCUGGUAAAUUUGAAUUGAUUGGAGCCAAACCGUAUUUAGAGGCAAAAAAUAAUAUAUUUGAUACUGCCGCUUUUGUAGGAAAUAUCGGGAUCAUCCAAUGGAUCGAUGAAAAUUGGUCGAUCCGAGAAAAGUGCUAUCGAACAAUGUAUAGAAAGGCAGUGGUAGCUGGACAUCUUCAUGUACUCGAAUAUCUAGUUAUACAGUGUAGUCAAUUAGGUCUUUCCAGCACUAGAGAUCUUAUACUGCUCGCCAUAAGGAAGGAUCGGUUUGACAUAUUUAAACUAUUAGUUUCAUCGAUAGGUAAGAAUCAUUUCUACUCGCUGAAAGCAAUCGUUGAAGUCUCGGAGAAUGGCAACUUGGAUUUGUUGAAAUGGAUAAAUAAUAAUACUACAUGUACAACUGAUACUAGUGCUUUGGAUCUGGCUGCUAAACUUGGGCGGUUGGAUAUUGUUAGAUAUUUACAUUUAAUAGAACUGAAGGAGCGACCUUUCACGCAAUGGAUCUUGCCGCGGCCAAUGGUCAUUUCGAAACAAUGGAGUGAAGGUUGUACCAAUCACGCGUUUGACUCUGCCAUUAAAAUUGAGCGACUAGAUAUUGUAAAUUGGUUAAUUGCCAAUAGAUCGGAAGGAUUCUCUUACAAGUCACUUGAGUAUGCUGCUUACAAUGGUAGUGUGGAGCUAAUGAAAAUGCUACUACGCAUAACAACCUUUGAAGUUACAGAGGCUGUAAUGAAUCUUGCUGUUAGAAAUGGAAGAUUGGAAUUGUUAAAGUGGCUAUUUGAAAAUGAUAACAAUAGUUUAAAAUCUAUUUUACAAGAGUCUAUUGAUAGCGCUGCUAAUAAUGGAUCGGUCGAUGUGAUAAGUUGGCUAAACGACAAUACGACACUGCGAAAUAGCCAGGCGACAAUAUGGAAAUGUAUGAUGACUGGAAAGUUGGAAGCUGUCCAAUGGUGGCUCAAGAAAGCAGCACCUGAGGAUGAUGUUCCAGAAUGCAUACGUGGCGUCAUUCAAACAGCUGCUAGAUUCGGUCACAUACAUAUCCUAGAUUGGCUGUUUUCUAACUAUCAAAGUAUUUUCUCGAUCGAUCAAGAGGAAUUUGAACACACAAUGGAAAUAGGUGACGAAAGAACUCUCAGAUGGAUAUUGAACAAAAUUGGUGUGCCAAAGUAUGUUACAUCUAUUAAUUUAGAAAAAUACAACACCAGCAGAAAAACAAUAAUUAUUCUAAAACUUUUUAUUAAACGUAAUAAUAUCAACCUUUUAAAAUAA